ACCUCAUCGUUCACGUUUGUAGACCAAAUUACCCAAAUUUCAACUAUUUUGAUAAUAUAGUAUUAUUUAAUAUAAUUAAGAUUGAACUAAGCUGACAUAUAUAUACACAAUUCCCAGAGCAACUGAUUCUUUCGUAGGAAACAGAAAGAAGGAACUGAACUGCAGUGAAAACGUAGAAGGAUCUUUGAAAGGAGAAUGCUUGGGAACGGUGUUGUUGGGAUCCUAGCUGAGUCCGUGAACAAAUGGGAGAGAAGGGCACCGUUGACUCCAACACACUGUGCAAGAUUACUUCAUGGCGGUGGUGGUGUGUCUCGAAUCAUCGUGCAGCCAAGCACAAAGAGAAUCCACCAUGAUGCUCUAUAUGAAGAAGUUGGCUGUGAGAUUUCACACGAUUUGUCACAAUGUGGCCUCAUCCUUGGCAUCAAGCAACCUAAGCUAGAGAUGAUUUUACCCGACAGAGCUUAUGCCUUCUUCUCCCAUACCCAUAAAGCACAGAAAGAAAACAUGCCUUUGCUGGACAAGAUCCUAACUGAGAGAGCAUCCUUAUAUGACUAUGAGUUAAUUACUGGGGAUAAUGGGAAGAGGUUACUUGCAUUUGGGAAUUUCGCUGGUAGGGCUGGAAUGAUUGACUUCUUACGCGGAUUAGGACAGCGGUUCUUGAGUCUUGGAUACUCAACACCUUUCUUAUCAUUGGGAUCAUCCUACAUGUACCCUUCGUUGGCUGCUGCUAAAGCUGCUGUGAUUUCUAUUGGUGAAGAAAUUGCAACCCAGGGAUUGCCACUGGGAAUCUGUCCCCUAGUUUUUGUAUUCACUGGUUCAGGAAAUGUUUGUUUGGGAGCACAGGAGAUAUUUAAGCUUCUUCCUCAUACCUUCGUAGAUCCAAGUAAACUAAGCAACCUACAUGAAGCGGAUGCUGAUCACUUGCACCGUCCAUCAAAAAGAGUUUUCCAAGUUUAUGGCUGUAUUGUGACUGCCAAAGACAUUGUUGAGCCCAAAGAUCCAACUAAAGUGUUUGACAAGGCAGACUACUAUGCACAUCCUGAACAUUACAAUCCAAUUUUCCAUGAAAAAGUAGCACCAUAUGCAUCUGUUAUUGUCAACUGCAUGUAUUGGGAGCAGAGAUUUCCCCGUUUGUUGAGCACUGAACAGACUAAAGAUUUAAUAAGAAAGGGGUGCCCACUUGUUGGAAUAGCAGACAUAACGUGUGAUAUAGGGGGCUCAUUAGAGUUUGUUAACCGAACUACCUCAAUUGAUUCACCCUUCUUCAGAUAUGAUCCCCUAAAGAAUUCCUACCAUGAUGAUGACUUGGAGGGGAAUGGUGUGUUAUGUUUAGCUGUUGACAUUCUUCCAACAGAAUUCGCAGUAGAGGCUUCCCAACAUUUUGGAAACAUACUGUCCCGAUUUGUCGUAAAUUUGGCUUCUACUUCAGACAUUACAAGCCUGCCACCUCACCUAAGGAGAGCUUGCAUAGCAUAUGGAGGUGCCCUAACCCCUUUAUUUGAAUAUAUCCCCCGCAUGCGGAAAUCUGAAUCACCAGAGGAAGUAUCAGACAACCUAGCAGAUUCUUUAUCUAGGAAAAGGAGAUACAAUAUAUUGAUAUCUCUGACUGGUCACCUAUUUGAUAAAUUUCUGAUAAAUGAGGCCUUAGAUACUAUUGAAGCUGCAGGAGGCUCCUUCCACUUAGUUAAAUGCCAUGUUGGUCAGUGUGCUGAUGACAUAUCAUCCUCAGAACUUGAAGUUGGAGCAGAUGAUAAGGCUGUUCUGGAUCAAAUAAUUGAUUCUCUAACAUCUCUUGCUAAUCCUAAUGAAGAUCAUGGAUUUUUAAAUCAAGAUCCAAGCAAAAUUUCACUUAGGCUUGGUGAAGUAAAAGAGAAUGGCAUAAAUAAGGUGCCUGACUCAAAAAAGAAGGCAGCAGUUUUAAUUCUUGGUGCUGGUAGGGUCUGUCAACCAGCUGCCGAAGUGUUAUCAUCAAUUGGAAGAAUUUCAUCCAGCCAAUGGUAUAAGACAUUGCUUGAAGAUGAUUUUGAGGAUCUAACUGAAGUUGAAGUCAUUCUCGGAUCUCUCUACCUGAAGGAUGCAGAACAGAUUGUUAAAGGCAUCCCAAAUGUAAGAGGAGUUCAGCUUGAUGUGAUGGAUCAUGAAAAUCUUUAUAAAUAUGUUUCACAGGUUGAUGUUGUUAUAAGCUUGCUCCCUGCUAGUUGUCACAUUAAUGUUGCAAAUGCUUGCAUUGAGCUGAAGAAGCAUCUUGUCACUGCUAGCUAUGUUGAUAGCUCAAUGUCAAUGCUAAAUGAUAAGGCUAAAGAUGCUGGUAUUACUAUCCUGGGGGAGAUGGGAUUGGAUCCAGGAAUAGAUCACAUGAUGGCAAUGAAAAUGAUCAAUGAAGCACAUAUGCGGAAGGGGAAAAUUAAGUCUUUCAUUUCUCACUGUGGUGGACUUCCAUCUCCUGAUGCUGCUAACAAUCCAUUAGCAUAUAAAUUUAGCUGGAGUCCUGUAGGGGCUAUCCGAGCUGGGAGAAAUCCUGCAACCUACAAAUACUGUGGUGAAACUAUACACAUUGAUGGGGACAGUAUUUAUGAUUCAGCUACAAGAAUAAGGAUAGCUGACUUUCCUGCUUUUGCUUUGGAAUGUCUCCCAAAUCGUAACUCUCUACUUUAUGGGGAUUUAUAUGGCAUAGGAUCUGAAGCAUCCACCAUUUUCCGUGGAACCCUCCGCUAUGAAGGUUUCAGCCAGAUCAUGGGAACACUCUCUAGGAUUGGUUUCUUUAACAAUGAAACUCAUCCCUUGUUGAAGAAUGAAAAGAGACCGACUUUCAGAAAAUUCUUGCUCAAACUUCUAGAUGUUGCAAGUGAAGAUCCAGAAGAACCAAUGAUAGGAGAGAAGGAAAUUAUGGAAAGGAUAUUAACACUAGGACAUUGCAAAGAACAAAGUACUGCAAUGAAUACAGCAAAAACACUCAUAUCCUUAGGACUUCUUGAGCAAGAAGAAAUCCCAACUUCCUGCCAAAGUGCAUUUGACGUUGCAUGUUUCCGCAUGGAAGAGAGGUUAUCCUAUGCCGGUACAGAGAAGGAUAUGGUGCUUUUAUACCAUGAAGUGGAGGUAGAAUACCCGGAGAGUCAAAUUACCAAGAAACACAGAGCAACUUUGCUUGAAUUUGGUAAGACUGUCAAUGGCAAAACAACAAGUGCCAUGGCCCUUACUGUUGGUAUUCCGGUAGCAAUUGGAGCGCUGCUUCUACUGACAAAGAAAAUUCAGACUAGAGGUGUCUUAAGGCCUUUGGAACCUGAAGUAUACAUUCCAGCGCUGGAUACUAUAGAGGCUUACGGCAUCAACUUGAUUGAGAAGAACGAGUAAUAUCUGGAGUAGGUGUUUGAUGGUUACUAAAAUGUCACUCUUUUUAUAUAAAAGGACUCAUCAUAUACUGUUCAAUUUAUGAUGUAAAUAACUUCAACUAUAAUAAUCACUGCAUUUCUGGCAUAACAACUAUUAGCACUGCCAUUGUAUAAAACAAAUGUCAGAAAUGAACUAUGUAAACCAGCUUCUGAGCCUAACUGGAAGAAAAUAAAAGCAUUGUACAAGCAGAUUCUCAUUUUAACAGCAGCAAAAUUAAUUGAACAUUUAUAGCUUA